GCUUCCGAAUCCCGCUGAGUGCAAGAGACAUAACCAGUGCAGCAGAGCAGGUUGGUGCAGCAAAGAUGGCUGAAGGAGUCCAGCAGCGGCUGGCCUGGAUCUUGGAGUUUAUGAGCAAGGAGCAGCUGAGGGAGUUCCUGCUGCGGCUGCCUGAUAAGGAUCUCUGCCAGCACUCUCCUGGGGCGACCCCAGCUCAACCAGAGGAGGUGGGUGGCAUGGAGGUGGCCUCACGCCUUGUGGCUCAAUACGGGGAGCAGCAGGCCUGGGACCUGGCCCAGCAGACCUGGGAGCAGAUGGGCCUGAGCCAGCUGUGUGCCCCAGCCCGGAAAGAGCCAGCUAUGCUGUCAGGAUCAAGGUACAGCUGGGGACUGUUUACAGAUUCCUGGUGGCAGAUGUUCUUCUCUAUUCUCAAAGUCCCUGGAAGCCUGCGGGAGCUGGACCUGAGUGGGAACUCUCUAAGCUGCUCUGCAGUACAGAGUCUUUGUGACGCUCUGAAAAGCCCUCGCUGCCACCUGGAGACCUUGAGGUUGGCCAACUGCGGCCUCACAGCAGAAGACUGCAGGGCCCUUGCCCGUGUGCUGAGCAACAACUGGCACCUGAUAGAGCUGGACCUGAGCUUCAACAAGCUCCGGGACAACGGAGCCCGGCACCUAUUCCAGGAACUGAGACAUUCUUGCUGCAGGCUGGAGCGGCUGAUGCUCGUCAGCUGCAACCUCACACCCCGCUGCUGCCAGGACCUGGUCUCCAUGCUCAGUAACAACAGCAUACUCUCUGAGCUGGACCUGCGGAAGAACUACCUGGGCGACUUCGGUGUGAGGCUGCUCUGUGAAGGGCUCAGGCAGUAUAACUGCGAACUCAUGUUCCUGUGGUUGGACGGGACUCGGCUGAGUGCGGAGGUGACAGAGAUGCUGAGGCUCCUGCAGCAGGAGAAGCCUCAUCUGGUCAUCAAUUAUGGGAAGCCAAAUGUGACAAUCACUAAGGAAGAUGCAGGGGAACAACAGAUGGAUGAUGAGAUGGAUGAAGAAACAACUCCACUCCAAAGGCAGGAAUCUGAAUCAGAAGAGAGCUAUGAUCAAGAAACAUGUGCUGACGGUUGGUCUUCUCCUGAAUCUCUGGGGGACAUGCCAGAGGAGUCUCUAGGGACAGAUGAUGACUUCUGGGGCCCCACAGGACCUGUGACUCCAGAGGUGGGGGACGAAGACAGGGGUCUGUACCGAGUUCACUUCCCUGUGGCUGGUUCCUACCACUGUCCCAACAUGCGUCUCUACUUUGUGGUGAGAGGGCCAGUGACCAUUGAGAUUGAAUUCUGUGCUUGGGACCAGUUCCUGGACCAGAUUGUCCCACAGCACAGCUGGAUGGUUGCAGGGCCUCUUUUUGACAUCAAGGCUGAACCAGGAACUGUGGCAGCUGUGUACCUCCCUCACUUUAUAGACCUCCAAGAGGAAGGUGUGGACAUCUCAUGGUUCCAAGUAGCCCACUUUAAAGAGGAUGGGAUACUUCUGGAGAAGCCAACCAGGGUGGAGCCAUGUUACACAGUCCUCGAGAAUCCCAGCUUCUCCCCCAUGGGAGUUCUACUGAGAAAGAUUCACUCUUUCCUGAGCAUUCCUGUCAUCUCCAAUGUGUUACUCUACCAUCGCCUCCAUCCUGAGGAAGUCAACUUCCACCUCUACCUACUCCCCAGCGACUGCACCAUUGAGAAGGCCGUAGAUAAUGAAAAAAAGAAGUUCCAGUUUGUGCGAAUACACAAGCCACCCCCGCUGACUCCGCUCCACAUAGGCUCCCGAUAUAUUGUGUCUGGUUCACAGAAAAUGGAAAUAAUCCCUGAGGAACUGGAGCUCUGCUAUCGAAGCCCUGGGAAACCCCAGCUCUUCUCUGAGUUCUACGUUGGCCAUCUGGGGUCGGGGAUCCGGCUACAGAUUAAAAGCAAAAAUGAUGAGACUGUGGUAUGGGAGGCCUUGGUGAAAUCAGGAGACCUCAGACCUGCAGCUCCCCUGGUCUCUCAAGCCCCGACAGCCUCACCUUCACCCCCCGAUGCCCUAGACUUGCUGCACUUUAUGGACCAACAUCGGGCACAGCUGGUGACUCGAGUGACAUCGGUGGAUGCAAUCCUAGACAAGCUGCAUGGACAGGUGCUGAGCGAGGAGCAGUAUGAGAGGGUGCGGGCUGAGCCCACCAAUCCGGACAAGAUGAGGAAGCUGUUCAGCUUCAGCAAGUCCUGGAACUGGGCCUGCAAAGAUCAACUCUACCGAGCCCUGAAGGAGACCCAUCCUCACCUAAUUGUGGAUCUCUGGGAGAAGUGAUGCCGUGGAGGAGACUAGGGGAGCUAAUGACAAGCUCGGCAGCUGAAGUCAGAAUACCUGCUUCUGAGUCCUGGCUCUGACUGUCCAGGCUUUGGGUCUAGGUUUCUUCAUGUCUAAACACAUUGCCAUUGCCUAGCCGGAGUGGCUCAGUUGGCUGAUUGUCGUCCUGUUCACUGCAGGGUUGUUGGUUUGAAUCUUGGUCAGGGCACAUACCUGGGUUGCGG